AAUCCCCAAUUUCGUCUCCCAGCAUAUAAAGCCUCCCGAUUUCGAACCCCCCAUCCCCUCCCCUCCCCCCCACUCCUCUCCCCCGAUCCGCACCCUCACCCCGCUCCAGGACCCGCCGGAUCUCGCCGCCAGGACCGUCGUCGACCCGCAGCCACCGCAGGCAAGCCGAUAUGGCCACCUUCGAGCUGUACAGGCGGUCCACCAUCGGCAUGUGCCUCACCGAGACGCUCGACGAGAUGGUCUCCAGCGGCACCCUCAGCCCCGAGCUCGCCAUCCAAGUGCUCGUCCAGUUCGAUAAGUCUAUGACGGAGGCACUGGAAAACCAAGUGAAGAGCAAGGUUACUGUCAAGGGCCAUCUGCACACCUACAGGUUCUGCGACAACGUGUGGACAUUCAUAUUAACCGAUGCGCAGUUCAAGAACGAGGAGACCACCGAGCAGGUCGGCAAGGUGAAGAUCGUGGCCUGCGACUCCAAGCUACUCAGCCAAUAAGCAGCUCGCUCCGGCGCGAGCGAGCUGGUGACCCCCGGAGGCGGGGCUCGUUCGACCCCCACCUCCGCUAGAGAAGAACACCACCGCCGCCACCACAUUGCCAUCUUCAUAAUCCAUGGGUACCUGUAGGAUCUCCUGGUACGCGAUGCUCUAGAGCAUCGCAUCGCAUCGCAGCCACAGAACUUUUUUCCGAUCCGUGUCGUUGUAAUGUUGUUUCCGGAACUUUUGAUAUAACUGGUGACUGAAUGAGUAAGUAGCAAUCAAAACUUUGUUUGGAAAA